AUGGCUGGUGGAAUAAUUCAUCACAGUCAUCAGUGCCCUCACCGGGAACGUCAGGCCACUUGUAACGUUCCAACGACUUUCCCGACGACCACAAACGCUAAGCCAGCCGAUCCUUUCAAGUUCUCCGAUGGCAGGAUCGUCACAACCAAAGCAGACUUUGCCUGUGAGAACCAGGAGGUCAGCGCCGCCUUUCAGGCUUGGGAGCUGAGUGUUUUCCCUCCAGAGCCCUUCAGCAUCAUUGCUUCGCUCUCUGAGGACAGCCUUUCAAUCACUGCAUCUGAAGCCGGCAAGUCAAUCACCUUUGCUGUCUUGAUCCAGAAGCACAGCGGCUCGGAUCCAUUCCCAGCUAUCAUCACAUACCGCGCCGUAAGCCUACCCAUCCCUACGCAAGGUCAGGGCAGUCACAGUGCUGGCGCUCUCACGACCUGGGCGGCGGGCGUGGACCGCAUCAUCGACGCCCUCGAGAUAACACCUAGUGCUGGCAUUGACCCUGAGCGUGUCGGUGUGAUCGGUUGCUCACGUAAUGGAAGAGCCACCUUUGUUGCCGCAGCCCUCGUCAAGCGCAUCGCACUCGGCCUCCCACAGGCGAAGGGCAAAAAUUUCCACACCGCUUCCCAGAUCUUCGGUGAGAAUAUCUGGCACAGCCCCAGAUUCAAUGCGUUCAGUACCAAAGCAAACAUCCAGGCUAUUGGCCAACAUCAGCUCGCCGGCAGGGUCGCCCUUCGUGGUCUGCUCGUCAUCGAGAAUGAAAUUGACUCGUUUGGUCAUGUGUCCACGACUAGUUGUAUGAAGGCUGGAUGGCUGAUCUACAAGGCGCUCGGCAUGCCGGACAAUAUGGGCUUCACAGGAGCUGGUCCUCACAACCACUGCUCGGUCCCUGCAACUAAGCAGGCUGAUCUUACUGCGUUCAUUGGCAAGUUUCUUUUGAACCAGAAUACAAACACGGUGGACAUUGAGAAGGGUCCUAGUGGCGCAGAUGUCGGCACGUACAUCGACUGGACGACACCCACUCUCUCUUAG